AUGAUGAGAGUUUCUCAACUCCAACUCUGUCGCACUUCUCUUUCGUACCGUCUUCGCUCUGGUUAUCAUCAUCAUCAUCAUCUUCACCACAGUUUCUUCAAGCUCAUCAAACGUAACUCAAUUCUUGAAUCUCCACCUACUAAUGCAUCUCAUCAAUCUCCAUCCCCGAUUACUCCUAUGGUCAACGCACGCGUCAUGUUCUUCUCCACUUCAACUUCAGCUCCACAUCCAGAGAAAAUCAACAGGACGUCGUCGGAGAAUAUCCUUCGGAUGAUUUCAAGCUAUCUAUGGAUGAAAGACAACCCAAAACUCUGUUUCAGAGUCAUCUCUGCUUUUGCGUGUCUCGUGGGAGCUAAGUUCUUGAAUGUUCAAGUUCCUUUCCUCUUCAAAGUAGCUAUAGAUUGGCUCUCUUCAUCUUCAUUCGUUGAUUCAAACCCUUACCUAGUUGCUGCUUUCGCUACUCCUUCCUCUGUUCUCAUUGGUUAUGGCAUUGCUCGAUCUGGUUCUUCUGCUUUCAACGAGCUUCGUACUAGUGUUUUCUCCAAAGUAGCUCUCCGCACCAUACGAACCAUCUCUAGAAAAGUUCUCUCGCGUUUACACGAUCUCGAUCUUCGUUACCAUCUAAAUAGAGACACAGGUGCUUUGAACAGAAUCAUUGAUCGUGGAAGCCGCGCUAUAAACACGAUUCUCUCAGCUAUGGUUUUCAACAUUAUGCCCACGAUCUUGGAGAUAUCAAUGGUCUCAUGUAUAUUAGCAUACAAAUUUGGAGCUGUUUAUGCAUUGAUUACUUGUCUUUCUGUUGGAUCAUAUAUAGCAUUCACGUUGGCUAUGACGCAGUGGAGAAUCAAGAUUAGAAAAGCUAUGAAUGAAGCUGAAAACGAUGCUAGCACCAGAGCCAUUGACUCUCUCAUAAACUACGAGACUGUUAAGUAUUUCAACAACGAAGAUUACGAAGCUCGAAAGUACGAUCAGUUACACGAAAAUUACGAAGAUGCUGCAUUGCAAAGUCGGAAAAGCUUUGCCUUAUUAAAUUUUGGACAGAGUUUUAUAUUUAGUACAGCUUUGUCAACAGCAAUGGUGUUGUGUUCUCAGGGGAUUAUGAAUGGUCAGAUGACAGUUGGUGAUUUGGUGAUGGUGAAUGGUCUCCUCUUUCAACUGUCUCUUCCUCUUUACUUUCUCGGGGUUGUUUACAGCGACACCGUUCAGGGACUUGUCGACAUGAAAUCGAUGUUUAAGUUUCUAGAGGAGAGAUCUGAUAUCGGAGAUAAAGAUAUAGACAGGAAGCUCCCUCCUCUUGUUCUGAAAGGUGGAAGCAUUAGUUUUGAGAAUGUACAUUUUAGUUAUCUACCGGAGAGAAAGAUUUUAGAUGGGAUUUCAUUUGAGGUACCGGCAGGGAAAAGUGUGGCGAUUGUCGGUAGUAGCGGAAGCGGAAAAUCGACUAUUCUUAGAAUGAUAUUCAGGUUCUUUGAUGUAGAUUCCGGAAAUGUAAAAAUUGAUGGUCAGGAUAUAAAGGAAGUGAGACUAGAGAGUCUUAGAAGCUCCAUUGGAGUUGUCCCUCAAGAUACUGUGCUCUUUAACGACACUAUAUUUCACAACAUUCACUAUGGAAACCUUUCAGCAACAGAGGAAGAGGUGUACAAUGCAGCUCGACGAGCAGCGAUUCACGAUACGAUCAUGAAAUUCCCUGAUAAAUAUUCGACCGCGGUGGGAGAAAGAGGGCUGAUGCUGAGUGGUGGAGAGAAACAGAGGGUGGCACUUGCUCGUGCAUUUCUGAAAUCACCAGCAAUCCUAUUGUGUGACGAAGCAACAAGUGCACUCGACAGUAAAACCGAGGCAGAGAUAAUGAAAACGCUGAGGUCGCUAGCGAGUAACAGGACUUGCAUUUUCAUUGCACAUAGACUGACCACUGCAAUGCAAUGUGAUGAGAUAUUAGUAAUGGAGAAAGGAAAAGUGGUGGAAAAAGGGACACACGAAGUGUUGUUGGGGAAAUCUGGCAGAUACGCUAAAUUAUGGACACAACAAAACAGUAAAUUGGAGGUGUGA